UUUUUUUCUAAAAAUUAAUUUCCAUUUCUCUCUAUUUAGAAGUGUAAUUCUGUUUUAAAUUGUUCAAUUUGGAUGACAUUUUGGGUGAAUCGUUUGUAUGAUUUGGGGAUUUUAGGGUUUGAGCGUGAUUAAGUUACCAUAUUGUCUUAUUGAAUCGAGUUUGACACAAAAGGAUCGAUUUUUUAGGUUUUGGAGGGUUUCCAUUGAAGCCUAACGAUGACAAUUAUUUAAGAAUUUGGGUUUAAAUUGUUCAAUUUGGAUGACAUUUGGGUGAUUUGGGGAUUUUAGGGUUUGAGCGUGAUUAAGUUACUAUAUUGUCUUAUUUAAUCGAAUUUGACGCAAAAGGAUCGAUUUUUUUAGGUUUUGGAGGGUUUCCAUUGAAGCCUAAGGAUGACAAGUAUUCAACCUCUGCAGCAAAAAUCAGAGUCUAGAGACGAUGUUCGCGCCGAUUUCGAGCGAGGUUUCGAGGAAUUCAUGCGCGGGCACUUAGACGAUUGCAUCUCAUUCGGCUCUGUUCACAACCAAGAAGAAGAGGAUGAUGAUCAGCUUGUGAGGAGGAGACAUCAACUCGAAGGUGAAUCAUCAAGAAGACGCCAAUCUCAGAUUCUUAGCCGUUGGGCUGCAAGGCAGGCUCAGGAGAUGAUUACAACCAUUGAGAGGAGGAACCGUGAGUCUGAGUUGAUUGCCUUGGCUGGUUUGCAAACUGUCUCCAUGCUUGAUUCGUCUUUUCUUAGGGAGUCUCAGUCUACGCCGUCUGCGAGGCGUCAGGGUGGUUCUGGUGGUGGUGAGAGGCCUAGGACUCAAGCGUCUGGGAUCUUGCAGAUGUGGAGGGAGUUGGAAGAUGAGCACGUGAGGGCACGUGAGAGGUUGAGGCAUCAGAGGAGUGUUGAGUCUACUACUAAUUUGUCUAGCUCUGUUGCUUCGGAGAAUAAUGAGAGUCUGAGAGACUCCACUGAGAGUGAGAAUGAUUAUUGGUCACAUGGUCGGAAUGAGCAUGGGGAUAAUAAUAAUUCUUCUAGUAGAGAACAGUCUCCUGAUCUUGGAGAUGGUGAGAGGGAGAGGGUGAGGCAUAUUGUCCGUGGAUGGAUGGAUAGUGGGAUUAAUGAUCAUUCUUCAAAUGUAAGGCAGAGAGAUAAUACUCGUAGAGGGGAGUGGUUGGGUGAUACUGAACGGGAAAGAGUCAGGAUUAUAAGGGAGUGGAUGCAAACGACCAGUCAGCAGAGAGGAGGAGCCCGUACAAGUACAACACCGAGAGAAGAUCAGGUGUCUGUUGCCCCAGAAGUUGAUAGGAGUGUUACCAGUGCACAAGUUGAUGACAGGGUCCGUGUAGGGUUAGCUGCUAACCAUGAAGAAGGGCAACAACCUCAUCAUGUUCGUCGAGACUUGCGGAGACUAAGAGGAAGGCAGGCGUUACUUGAUUUGCUCACGAGAGCUGAAAGAGAGAGACAGCGGGAACUUCAGGGCUUGUUGGAGCAUCGUGCAGUGUCUGAUUUUGCUCACCGCAACCGGAUUCAGUCGCUUCUUAGAGGUAGAUUCUUGCGGAACGAGAGACCUGCAGAUCAAGAGAGAACUCCAUCAACGGCUUCUAGGGAACUUCUUCAGCUAAGAGAAAGACAGACUGUCUCUGGUUUGAGGGAAGGGUUCCAUAACGGGAGAGAAAGUAUUGUCCGUGAAAAUAGUAACAACACUGAUGGAGAUAUUAGCGCAAGUGCUCUAACAAUUGUUGUUACCGCUGAGAGUUCUCAGCAUAUAACCGAUGAUAGUUCAACUUCUUCUAGACAAGGGAAUAACAGUCCCCUCUUGCAUGAUGAUGACUCGGGUAGGUCGGAAAGCAACCUAGCAAAUGAAGAUAGAGAUUGGCAAGAAGAUGUCACAGUAGUUGAGAGGCUAAAUUUGCAGCAAACAACGGUGACCCAAUCUAAUGGUUGGGAAAAUGGUAACGCAGAUAUAAACCAUGAUGAAACCUCCGUCAGUGACCUACACCGAGAAGCCUCUGGAAUUACAGAUGAUGAAGAUCGCUCACAAGAAGGCCAUGGUGUUUGGAAUGAUGAUGUCCCUAGACAAUCGAAUGGGAACUGGACUGAGACACGGCCAGAAGCCCCAAGGACUCGCCGUGUAGUACCAUUGAGAAGAUUAAGUAGGUUCCAUCCACCUGAGGAUGAUAAUGUGUACAGCAUGGAACUCAGGGAGCUCCUUGGCAGGAGAAGUGUUUCUAAUCUACUACAUAGUGGAUUCCGUGAAAGUCUGGAUCAACUGAUAGAAUCAUAUGCUGAAAGGAGAGGUAACACUCAUGUAGAGUGGGAUCUGCAAGAUAACCUGCAAACAGCAAUCCCAGAUUCUCCAGAUCGUGACAGAGACAACCAAGUAUUUUUACAGAACGAUAAUGACAUCAAUGGUCCACAAAUGCUUCCCACCCCACCCGUGCCACCACCCCAGCCAAUAUGGCAUCAAGAUUUGCAUCACUCUAGCUGGUCUCGCCACUCUAUGCAUCGCUCUGAAAUGGAAUGGGAGGUAAUGAACGACCUGAGAGGAGACGUAGCAAGACUGCAGCAAGCAAUGAGCCAGAUGCAGAGGAUGCUCGAAGCCCACAUGGAUAUGCAAUUAGAGUUGCAGCGCUCGGUUAGACAAGAGGUCUCUGCAGCCUUAAACCGAUCUGCAGGUGACCAAGGUAUGAGCUCGGAAACAUCAGAAGAUGGAUCAAGAUGGAUCCAUGUAAGGAAAGGGACUUGUUGCGUCUGCUGUGACAACCACAUUGAUGCUCUCUUGUAUAGAUGUGGGCACAUGUGUACUUGCUCACAAUGUGCGAACGAGCUCGUAAGAAACGGAGGGAAAUGUCCUCUUUGUAGAGCACCAAUCAUGGAGGUAAUCAGAGCCUACUCCAUUUUAUAGAGAACUUGCAAGGUGAGAAGAUGGUACAUAGAAGACAUGAAGCAGCAGAAACGAGAGUCUGAGUGGAAACAUGUUCGAUUUUGGGGUUAAAGAUUUAUAUGUAUGUAGUUGUAGUUCCUUUCUCGAAUCCAAAUUUGAUGUGUAUAGUUCUAAAUUAAAUAAUUAAAGAAUUACCCAAUUGUUGUCCAAAAAAGAGAAAAAGAAUUACUCAAAAAAGUAAGAAAUGAAAACUGAUUCUAC